CAACAACAACAUAUAACAGUUCCACUAUUAUGGCGACCGUUGUGCCCCCUCCAAGCAAGCGCCAAAAGCUUGCAGCCGUGGAGAAGGCAGAAAAGGCAGCUGAAGAUGCUGCAAUCCCAAAACACCUUGGCAGCGUGAGAGUACACUUCGUCGACCAGAGCACAGGCAAGUCAACGGGGCCUGUAGUCGCAGUGCCAGUCAAAGAUGCCACCGUGAAGAAUCUGGAGACGUUACUCAACACUCUCCAGGGGAAUGAUCCCAGUGAACGGCUACCAUACCGGUUUUUCUUCCGCAACGACCGAGCCCCUACGGACAACGAAUCGAACCUCCUUGACGUUCAGGAUGAUGUAUAUCACUCAGUCCUCAAACCAGGCUAUAAGACCACCGAAGACAAUAUUAUCCUCCAAUUCAUCCCCCAGGCAGUAUUCCGAGUACGAGCAGUGACGCGAUGUUCGGCCUCAAUAUCAGGGCAUGGAGAGGCGAUCCUCGCAACUGCGUUCUCACCCGAGACAUCUUCAAGAAUGGCCACAGGGAGCGGCGACAAUACGGCUCGAAUAUGGGAUUGUGACACAGGUACGCCCUUGCAUACCCUAAAAGGACAUACGAGUUGGGUUCUUGCAGUGUCGUGGUCGCCGGAUGGCAAGAUACUCGCAACAGGAAGCAUGGACAAUACCGUGCGGUUGUGGGAUCCAAAGUCUGGAGAGGCCCUCGGUGGCCCACUGAAAGGGCAUACAAAAUGGAUCACAAGUCUGACCUGGGAACCAUACCACAACCAAACCCCAGGCAAGCCUCGUCUGGCGUCUGCUUCGAAAGACGGCACUGUUCGGAUCUGGGAUGUGCCGCUUCGACGUGUCGAACAAACACUCUCCGGACACAAAGGCUCUGUGACGUGCGUACGCUGGGGUGGGUUCAAUCGCGUCUUCACGUCGUCGCAGGACAAGACUAUCAAGAUCUGGAACUCCAAGACCUGGAAUUGUUUGCACACACUCUCCACGCAUACACACUGGGUCAACCAUCUGGCACUGUCCACCGACUUUGUUCUGAAAACGGCGUACCACGACCACACCGGCAAAGUGCCCGAGACCGUGGAGGAGAAGAUCAAGAAAGCCAAGACCCGAUUUGAAGACGCCGCCCGCCAGGAAGGGAAACUCGUCGAGAAACUUCUCUCCCCGUCCGACGAUAACACCAUCUUCCUCUGGGACCCCUCUGCUAUUCCGGGUGACUCCAACGCCUCGGUCAAGCCGAUUGCCAGACUACUGGGGCAUCAGAAACAAGUCCUGCAUGUAUCAUUCUCUCCGGACGGGUUGUACAUAGCAUCGGCGUCCUUUGACAACAGCGUCAAGUUGUGGAAUGCGAGAGACGGGAAAUUCAUAACCACCCUACGCGGCCAUGUUGGCGCCGUGUACAUGGUUGCUUGGUCGAGCGAUUCUAGACUACUCGCCAGUGCGUCCAAGGAUACUACGGCCAAGGUGUGGGAUGUGCGAGCCGGCAAGUUGAAAGAGGACCUGCCAGGCCACAAGGACGAGGUGUUUGCCCUCGACUGGAGUCAGGAUGGCAAGUGCGUGGCCAGUGGUGGAAAGGACAAGGUGGUGAAGUUGUGGAAGCACUGAUGCUUUUCCCGCAAUCAGCAAUAUUUUUAUUGGACGAUGAUGGGAUGAUGGGAUGAUGUUUCGUUCUUGCAUCCUCCAUACGAGUUUCAAGAUACCCCUAAUAACACGGCUUGGGAUCUAAAAGGAUGAGAUCAUUAAUGACUGACGAGAUGAUAGAAGCUGCUGGCCAGAAUCGUCGAUAUGUACGUUUGAUUUUGUAACAGGAUUUGUAUAUCUUCAUUGGUACAAACAGCGAC